GCCGGGGCGGUGGCGGUUGGCGGCGUCACCAGCAGCACUGUCAGUACCAUUAUCGUGAUGGAGUGCGGGCGGCAGGUGGCGAACUUCGGGGCCGGGCCGGCCAAGCUGCCGCGCUCCGUAUUAUUAGAAGCACAGAAAGAAUUGGUGGACUACAAAGGACUUGGUAUAAGUGUUCUUGAAAUGAGCCAUCGGACCUCUGAUUUCACGAAAAUUUUAAAUACAGCUGAAAAUCUCAUGCGUGAGUUGCUAAAUAUACCGGAAAACUACAAAGUUAUUUUCCUCCAAGGAGGUGGAUCUGGUCAGUUCAGUGCAGUGCCACUUAAUCUUAUUGGUUUAAAGGAGGGAAGACAUGCUGAUUAUGUGGUUACUGGAGCUUGGUCAGCAAAAGCAGCUAAAGAAGCAGAGAAGUAUGCCAAAGUGAAUAUCGUUCAUCCAAAACUAGGAACAUAUACGAACAUUCCUGACCCAAGCACUUGGAAUCUUAAUCCAGAUGCAUCUUACGUCUAUUACUGUGCUAAUGAGACUGUUCAUGGUGUGGAGUUUGACUUUGUACCUGAUGUCAAAGGAACAGUCUUGGUUUGCGAUAUGUCAUCAAACUUCCUGUCCAGACCUGUGGAUGUUUCCAAGUUUGGCGUGAUUUUUGCUGGUGCUCAGAAGAAUAUUGGCUGUGCUGGAGUUACUGUUGUAAUAGUACGUGAGGACUUGCUGGGAUUUGCACUGAAAGAAUGCCCUGUAGUACUGGAUUACAAAACACAAGCAACAAAUGGCUCUUUGUAUAACACUCCACCAUGCUACAGUAUUUAUAUCAUGGGAUUGGUACUGGAAUGGAUAAAGAAUAAUGGCGGAGCUGCAGCUAUGGAUAAACUUAGUUUAAUCAAAUCACGAAUGAUUUAUGAUAUUAUAGACAAAUCUAAUGGAUUCUAUGUAUGUCCAGUGGAGAAAAAGAGCCGAAGCAGAAUGAAUGUCCCUUUCCGUAUUGGCAGUAUCAAGGGUGAUGAAGCGCUAGAAAAGAAAUUUCUAGAGAAAGCUGUGGAACUUAACAUGAUAUCCCUAAAAGGGCAUCGAUCUGUGGGAGGAAUCCGUGCCUCUCUAUAUAACGCGGUGACUGUAGAAGAUGUUCAGAAGCUUGCAACGUUCAUGAGAAGCUUCAUGCAGAUGCAUCAGUCAUAAAUGCCCACGGGCUAGACCCAUGCUGCACAUCAAUGAAAUAAAAGCUAAAGUGUUUGGAAGUUACUGUGGUACUGCACUGCUAUAGCGCACAAGUUGUAUUUUCUUAUAGUUCCUGUAGCUGUUAGUUAACUGCAUGGGAUUGAGGCCUAAUCUUGCAAUGACUUGGCAGCCUUGACUUCACUGAAGGUGAGGAUCCCCGUGCUGAUCAAGAUUGGUUCCAAAAUUUGCAAACCGAUAUUCUUAAUGUGUAGUUAAAACAUGAGUAGCAUUGUAAGGUGCUAUGGAUCUGAGCUUGUUUCUUGCUUCUAGUCACAAAUUACUUCUGAAAUGCCUUGUUUUCAGUAAACUUCAGGAGGCAAAAUUUGUCAUAAACUUUCUUCAAUGCUUUACAAAUAUGCUGGCUGUACAGUGAAGCUAGAACUAAUGUUAAGUGUUGUCUAUCUAGUUGGUUUAUCAGAUAUAUUCCAAUAGUAUAGCACCAGCAAUAUUUAGGAGUUAGUAUCUGUGUUCCUAACUGGAGGACCUUGCCUUCAGACUUCUGCUCCCAUGCUUGAUGUACUAUCAUAACAAUUCCAUGUAGCAAUACCCAUUGUGAUUAAAGUCUGUAGGACUGGGCCUUUUUUGUAUUAUCAUUUAUUGGUUUAAAGCUAAGAUGAACAAGUCUGUAAUUAAAUCAAUUCAUAAGAUGUUGUUCAUUUCUCUGUUUUGUAUAUUAAACUUCAAUAGGUUAUUAAUUUUAGUUAUUAAUUUUAUAUUCUUAUUUUGGAGUGUGCAUAUUUGCUUCUGCCAAAAACUUGUUUUUAAUUUGUUAACCUUGUGCCAAACUGGAUUUCUGUAUUCCACUGAACGGAUCUGUGACUUUGUACUGACUUCCUAGCCCAAAGUGCAGCAGAUGUUCUUGUCUAGUACUUCUUAAAUGUCUUCCCUCUCUAAUUGCUCCAGUAUUUUCUCUCUCUUUUCAUGGCUUCAGUUCUGUAGCCUUCUGUAUGCGAGGCUUUGCCCAGCUGCAACCAGUACAAAUCUUGAAUUCUCUGCCUUUUCCUGACAGUACGUUACACUUCUGGUCGAACUUUCUCACUUGAACCUUCUGACUUAUUCUAGACUUUGAUACUCUGGGCUAGAGAAGGAGCUGUGAUUAUGCAAAGAUCUUCAGAAGGUCAUCUAUUAUAGUACCCUUGAGUCACUUUUCCUUCUCAGCUUAUGGAUUUACUGCUAAUGACUAUAUAUUUACAUUAGUCUCCUAUUUUAACUCAGAAGCUAUCUGCUAGUAUCAAUUUUAGUGUUUAGCAUUACUGCAGCUAGUUUCAGACUGUAAGCUCUUUGGUACAGGAUUGGAAUUUUUUGAUUUUUAUGUAAUACCAGUACAGUGGUAACAAUUUAAUAAUAGUAAUGAUGGACUUUUCCUUUCGUGGUGGAAUCUCACAGCAAGUCAGUGGAGUUGUGCUAGGGCUGAGUUACAUUCCUAUCCGAAAAGUCAUUACUUUCUGACUACUGUUUAGAGAUUUUUUUUGUCAACUAAAUGUAACUCAAAGUAAUUAAAUCGGGUGAAGAAAAUAAAACUUAAUCAUAGCAUGCCAUGAA